AGCGCUUUAAGCGCAUUUUAUGUUUUUUUGAUUUGUAUUUUUUGAUUUUAAACAAAAAAGUCUUUAAUUGACGAUUAUCCACUGUUGAACUAUCAGAGAGAUGCGCUAGAUAUAUACCCAUAGUGAAAGACUCUCAAUUGGCUGCGUUUUGAGUGUGUGUUCGUGUUUUGUGUGUAUAUAUAGACUUUUAUAGGUUAUAAUAAUUUGUUGGUGCCGAUUGUCGUCAGCUAGGAUGGAGCAAACUAUGGAUAAUUCUCGAGCGUUGAACACGGAAGUGUUGCAGCUGGCUGCCAGACACAUUGAAAAGUGUUUGAUAAAAGAUAACAAUGCGCCGACACUGCUCGACCAGUUGAACAUUAAUCCACAGAGCGGACCCACAGCAAGUGGAUUGAGUGACCAUGACUACCCUGCUUUGGUGGGUCUUCCACAGAGCAUUAUCUCUAGGACCCAAAUGAAAACACUGUCCAAGGUGCCAUUGCCGCCAGAGAUUAUGGAACAUUUUAACCAUAUGCAAUGCCACUGUAUGAUGGGGCUGUUUACAGAGAUCAACCGUGCUUGGCUGACGAUCGACAGCGAUAUCUACGUUUGGACUUAUGACGAUGGCGGAGAUGUAGCAUACUAUGACGGGUUGAACGAGACGAUAAUCAGUGUGGGACUCGUGAAACCGAAGUCCGGCGUCUUUCAGAACUUCAUAAAUUACCUGCUGGUCCUUACGACUGCAGUGGACGUUGUCGUGCUGGGCGUCACGUUCGCUGCAGGCGAUGAGGAUUCGCUGAAGGAGAUCCAGCUGGUCUCCGACCCGGUGUUCACAAUACCGACGGACGGGGCUAUGAUGACCUCGAUUGUAGGUACGGCGACGGGCAGGAUGUUCUUGGGCAGCAAAGACGGCUGUCUGUAUGAGAUCACCUACCAGGCGGAGAGCACCUGGUUUGGCAAACGGUGCAAAAAGUUGAAUCACUCCACAAGCAAGCUCUCAUUCCUGGUGCCUUCGUUCGCUUAUGCAGCGAUGACCGAUGACGAUGGCAUCGUGCAGGUGGUCAUCGAUGAUACGCGACAUAUCCUGUACACGCUGACGGAGAAGGGAGCGAUCGAGGUAUACGACCUGGGGGAGAACGGAACGUCCAUCAGCAGGGUGAUCAAAGUGUCGCAGAACCAGUUGGUUCAACAAGCUCAUAACGUUGUCAAGACGCUGGACAGUCAGAAUUUCCAUCCCAUCGUUAGUAUAUCCGCUGUGGAACUGUGCGAGUCGCCGCGCAUCAAUUUGGUAGCCUUAACUCAAUCCGGAGUUCGUUUAUACCUGAGCACAAGCGGACAGGCUCAAGUCAACAUGCCUCUUCCUAGGCCUUCGACUUUGGCCUUACAGCAUGUGAGGAUGCCACCCGGGUACUCGGCUUCCACGCACUACAGACCCAAGAACAUACAUAUGGCUGAGUACCGCGACAGGAAUCUGCUGAUGGUGUCCACUGUGAACGAAAAGGAAGUUCUAUGGAGUAUCAGCUCCGAUCUGUUUCCCUUCUAUCCUAUCCUUAUGGAGGCAACCACGAACAUCGAAUUGGAUGGACCGGCGUUAGCGAUGGCCGAAAUUAAGUACAAUACGAAUAUGCUGCUGCAGCCGACUCAACAGGUACCGCCGUUAAUAGUGAGGCAGCAUUCGGAACCACCCAGGAAGUUUGUUAUCCUCACUUCGCAGGGUGCUCACAUCCUAAUGAAGCUGCGACCGGUCGAUCUACUGAAGCAGCUCCUCGUUGACACCCGUGGCCAAGACAGUGAUGCUUUGAAGGCUUAUUUCAACAUCCAAAACGAUGAGCAGGCGUGCGCUACUAGCCUGAUUCUGGCCAGCCUCGAGGCUCCUCAGAACCUCGACGUCGCAGAUUACGCCACGAAUGCCUUCUUCGUUUUCGGAGGCGAACCCAAAGUUGCUACUCCUGCUAUUAACAACACCAUGAAUCAAACGUUUGGGAAUCCGUCGAUUUUCUUGCCUAACAUGAUGUCGACGCCGAUGCAACAGCAUAGUCCGUUCGCGCAGACUAUGCCGAUGACACCACAAGUGAACUUCACCGCGAAUUCCAUAACACCGGUCGUUCCACAUUUCCAGCCCAAUAUGAGCCACAUGUACGACCCCAACAGCCAGUACCAGUUUUCCUCCAAGCAUAACGGUCUUUAUCUGUACGUGGCGCGCAUUCUCAGGCCCAUCUGGAAUCUGCGAUGCGUCGAGAAGAUGACAUUUGAUGGGAAACGAUUCUAUCUGACCAGCACGUUGAAUAGUGAAGAGUGCGCCUGGAUCCUUUGCCAUCUGACAUCUCUGCGUAUCUUCCUGCAGCAGACCACUCAAAUGGCGAUCUGCAAUAACACUACCGUGGCUAAGUCGACGAAUAAGACGGGCAAUUGCACGAUGCAGGACGUACAACUGGAGGAGCGACAUUCCCUCGACGCUCUGAAGAUGUUCGUGGAUCAUGCGGCGCAAGUGCUCGGCCUCUGGAAGGUGCUCUGCGAGCACCAGUUCCACAUGUUGAUGGACACCUUCCAGGCCGAGCAUCAGCAGGUGAUGCAGAAUACAUGUUUCAAAGAUAUCUUGCUGUACGGGCACGACGUCUGCGCCACCCUCAUCAACACGCUGAUCAACAGUUACCUGGGUGACAAUGCCUCCGUUGAUUCCAUCAGUUCCAAGUUGCGCGAGAUUUGCCCGAACCUCUACAAGAACGAGGAUGCGGCCUGCUCGAAAGCAAAUGAAAUUCUUAAAACAGCAAAAAAUGUCAAUAAUCUAGAUGAGAAGGAAGAACUGCUGUCGUCCGCGCUGCAGCUCUGCAUCGAGGUGGUGCCUAACGUGAACCUGAAGGAGAUCUGCGAGCAGUUCAGCACGCAAAAGUCUUACAAUGCGGUCAUCAUGUUGGCCACGAAGUGCGCGGAGAAGAUCGACCCCGAGAACGUCGGUGAACACUUUUACAAGAACGGCGACCAGAACGAUCAAGAGGGCUACCAGUAUUACGCCAAAAGGAUCGAAAUAUACAAAGUCGUGACCGCAAUGUUGGAUGAUAUUUAUUCGCAGAAUGAUGUCACGCAGAACAUCAACGGUCAGGUCCCUGUCGAAACCGGCGAGAACAUCACUCGUCGCGUAAUCUCGAGCAUCCUGAAGCACAAGGAUGAGCUGCUGCACAUCGCUGUGUACGAGUGGAUGAUGAGUAAGCAGAUGAACGGCGAGCUGAUCUCCGUCACGGAACCAACGUUGGAGACGUACCUGCUGAAGGCCACCCAACACAAUCCCAGCAACAUCUCGUUGAUGGACAUCCUAUGGAAAUACUACGAAAGCAACAAUAAUCACGCAGCUGCCGCCAAAGUUCUCAACAACUUGGCAUCCGUCAAUCAGACUUCUUUGAAUAUGAAGACGCGACUCAGCUACCUGGCCAGAUCGCUGAUGUGUAUGCGUAGCGACAAAAUCGGAUACGCUCCAUAUCUUGGCGUAUUCCUGCGCGAGCUCGAGGAUAAAUUGGAGGUGGCCAAAGUGCAGGAGCGGAUUCUGGAGGCGAUCGUGAAUUUGAAAGGUAGACACAUGGAAGCUGACGCUGCCGAAAAAAUGCUCAACGGAAAACUGUUUGAUAUAACGCAGCUUUAUGAAGAUUUCGCGGAAAAGUUCAAUCUGUGGGAAUGCAAAUUGGCGAUCAUCGAUUGUGCCGGUUACUCCGAUAAAUUGCUCAUCGAGAAUAUCUGGAGGAAUAUCCUUCAAAACGAGCUGUGUCGCAGCACCAGCUCCGGUAACGAUAAGAUGAUCCAGAUCCUGACCAAAGUCAAGUCUCUGGUGCGGCUGUACAAGACGUCGAGCACGUGCAUCCCUCUGGAUUACUUGGUGCAAGAACUGGAGCUGAUCAGCGCCAAGCUCAAAGCGGACACAACACUCGUGCCGAACUUCUUCGUUUCCCUGGAAUAUCCCAUCGACCUUCUCAUAAACACCUACAAUGAAUCCAUGAUCCGAUCACUUAAGGACAACUUCUGGUUGGCCGAAGAGAACGAGUUCCAUUACUCUGAAGCGAUGGCAGCCCUCGUCAACGCCUUCGUUCAUUUACACGACAAAUACAGCAACGUCGAAAAGAGGAAACUGAUAGCGAUUUCGCAGGACACAGUCGCCGGACUUCUAUCCAAUUUGUACAGCAAACCGAACACCGAGCAUAUCAUCACGCUAUUGAGGUCCAUUCAAAAUAAACUAUCGCGGAUGUAAAAGCAUAUUAGGAUUAAGAGAAC